AUGGCCGACAUUGAAGAUUCCGGUCCCUCCGGCUCGGAGCCCCUCGACCUCGUCCGCCUUUCUCUCGAUGAGACUGUUUUCGUCAAGCUGCGCGGUGACCGUGAACUCAAGGGCCGUCUUCAUGCCUACGACAGCCAUUGCAACCUAGUUCUCGGCGAUGUCGAAGAGACGAUCUACGUGGUGGAAGAAGAUGAGAACGAGCAGGAGAUUGUGAGGGUAGGGGAUUCUUGCGACUCGGGCUUCUCACACAUGGCGCGCUAA